CGGCGUUCCUGGUGGGGCGGGGGCGCCGACGAUCUAGCGCGCACGCGCGUAAUCGUCAUUUUGACGAUGCCAUGGAGCCGGCGGCGCGCCAUACGAACGACGACGGGUCGCGCACUACGAGUAGGGCGCUGGUCGGCUCCGAAACCCCCGAAGAAGAGAAGGAAGAAGAAGAAGAAGAAGAAGACGACGACGAAGGUGGAGGAGGAAGUGGUAGCCUGACUACGACGAUUUAAAUCAAGACGACUUAACUACUAGCACCAGCCAGUGCAUCGAGGCGAAAACUAAAGGUUUAGCGGACACAGCCCGAGGAGAAACAAAACUCGGCCGAACGGACGGAACGGAGGGAUCGUCGAGAAAUCAAGUGAACCAAGCGGACAGGAUGUCUUCAGCGAUCGCUAAAGCUUCCAAAUACACGUACCGCUCCACCGGCGGUGGUACUGCCGAUGUUAGCAUCGAAUACAGCGCUGACCUGAGCGCUCUCACUAGACUGGAGGACAAAAUCCGCCUGCUGCAGGAUGACCUGGAGUCUGAGAGAGAGCUGCGUCAGAGGAUCGAACGCGAGCGCGCUGAUUUGAGCGUGCAAGUGAUUCAGCUCUCCGAACGUCUCGAAGAGGCCGAGGGUGGCGCCGAAUCUCAAUUUGAGAUCAACAAGAAACGGGACACGGAACUGGCCAAGCUGCGCAAACUACUCGAAGAUGUCCAUCUCGAGAGCGAGGAGACCGCGCACCUUCUGCGCAAGAAACACCAGGAAGUCGUUGUCGAUUUCCAGGAUCAGAUCGAUCAACUUGCGAAAGCACGCGCCAGGGCUGACAAGGAAAAAUCAAAAUUCCAACAAGAAGUUUACGAACUCCUCGCUCAGCUGGACAAUGUCAGCAAAGAAAAGUUGAUGUCCAUAAAGACAGUGGAGAAGCUCGAGAUCCACGUCGCCGAGCUUAACGUGAAAAUAGAGGAAUUGAAUCGUACCAUCGUUGACAUCACUAGCCACAAGACUAGGCUCUCCCAAGAAAAUAUUGAGCUGACCAAAGAAGUACAGGACUUGAAGGUCAGCAUCGAGAAUGUUGUUUACCUGAGGACUCAGAUCGCUGGACAGCUCGAGGACGCUCGUCGUCGUCUUGAAGAUGAAGAACGUCGUCGUUCAUUGGUUGAAGCCUCUUUGCAUCAGGUCGAAACGGAGUUGGAAUCCGUUCGCAUCCAAUUGGAAGAAGAAUCUGAAGCACGUUUGGACAUUGAACGUCAAUUGGUCAAGGCCAACGGAGAAGUUCAAAUAUGGAGAUCGAAGUACGAGACCGAGGCUAAUGCACGCGCCGAAGAGGUAGAAGAACUACGCCGCAAAUACAGCGCGCGUAUCCAGGAACAGGAAGAACAGAUCGAAACCCUGCUGGUUAAGAUUAACAAUCUUGAGAAGCAGAAAUCUCGCCUCCAAUCUGAAGUCGAGGUCCUGAUCAUUGACUUGGAGAAGGCUAAUGGAACCGCACGCGAGCUCCAGAAACGCGUAGAACAAUUAGAGAAGAUCAAUAUCGAACUGAAAGCACGUCUGGAGGAAAGCAUGUCGAUGUAUGAGCAGAGCCAACGCGAUCUUCGCAACAAGCAACAAGAACUCCAACGCACCAACUGUGAACUGGACAAGACUCGCGAGUUGAAGGACCAACUUGCUCGUGAAAAUAAGAAAUUGGGAGACGACCUAGGUGAUGCUAAGAACCAACUGGCCGACAUGAACCGCAGACUUCACGAAUUGGAACUCGAACUUCGUCGUUUGGAGAACGAACGUGAAGAGCUUGCUGCUGCCUACAAGGAGGCGGAAGCAGGCCGCAAAAUCGAAGAACAGCGGUCGCAGAGAUUGUCCGCCGAAUUGACCCAACUUCGUCACGAUUACGAGCGUCGUCUGAGCGAAAAAGACGAAGAAAUUGAAAUCAUCCGCAAGCAAACCAGCAUCGAGAUUGAGCAGCUGAACGCUCGCGUGGUCGAGGCCGAGACCAAGCUGAAGACCGAAGUGCAACGCGUGAAGAAGAAGCUGCAGAUCCAGAUCACCGAGUUGGAGCUGUCGCUCGACGUUGCCAACAAGAACAACAUCGAUCUGCAGAAGACGAUCAAGAAGCAAUCGCUCACCUUGACCGAACUUCAAGCUCACUACGAUGAAGUUCAACGCCAAUUGCAAGUCACCCUGGACCAACUGGGCAUCAGUCAACGACGCCUCCAAUCGUUGACGGCCGAGCUCGAGGAAGUGCGCGGCAACUACGAAUCUGCCCUCCGUGCGAAGAGAACCGUCGAGCAACAAUACGAGGAAUCGGUUAGCCGCAUCAACGAACUGACCACCAUCAACGUGAACCUUGCAUCAAUGAAAGCCAAGAUCGAGCAGGAAUUAGCAACAUUGGCUGGCGAUUAUGAAGAAGUUACCAAAGAAUUGAGAGUGAGCGACGAGAGAUACCAGCGAGUGCAGACCGAGCUGAAGCACACCGUGGAGAUCCUCCACGAGGAGCAGGAGCGUAUCGUGAAGAUCGAGGCCAUCAAGAAGUCUCUCGAGAUCGAAGUGAAGAACUUGUCCGUGAGAUUGGAGGAGGUUGAAGCUAACGCUAUCGUUGGAGGCAAGCGUAUCAUCAGCAAACUUGAGGCUAGGAUUCGCGAUCUGGAACUCGAAUUGGACGAAGAGAAACGCCGACACUCUGAGACCGUGAAGAUCCUACGCAAGAAGGAGCGCAACAUCAAGGAGGUGAUGAUCCAGGUGGAGGAGGACUCGAAGAACAUCGCGCUGCUGCAAGAAUCCCUGGACAAGGCCAGCCAGAAGGUGAACAUCUACAAGAGACAGCUCCAGGAACAAGAAGGCAUGUCCCAGCAGAGCGUGACCAGGGUCCGCCGAUUCCAAAGGGAGCUCGAAGCCGCAGAGGACCGCGCAGACACCGCUGAGAGCAACUUGACUCUGAUCCGCGCGAAACACCGUAGCUUCGUCACCACCUCCACUGUGCCCGGUUCCCAGGUGUACCUCGUCCAGGAGACGAGGACUGACAUGUAAAAACGCCACCGCCAUCGACACCCCCAUCCUUUGCCACUUCGAACGCCACCUCGUCGUCUUUAGAAACGCGUAACGAGCAAACGACGAAAAAGAAAAAAAGAAACAACGGAAGAGCCCCGAUACAUCAUCGUAAGGCACGAGGGCCGAGAAGAGUUUCCAACGGGACGCACAGCAAACAUCGUGAAA